UUGCCGGAAGUACAUCUCUUCAAAGGGAAAUUCUCCUUUUCGGCAUGUGGAGUCUGUUUGGGCUUUUAAUUCUCAUAGUAUUUUGGUAAAUUGAAUCAGUUGUAAAAUGGGAAAGAAAGGCAAAAAAGAGAAGAAGGUGAAAGGAGCUGAUAAGACGGCAGCUAAAAUGGAGAAAAAGGUUUCAAAGAGGUCCAAAAGAGAAGAGGAAGAUUUGGAGGCUCUCAUCGCUGAGUUUCAGAAUCUGGACGCGAAGAAGACUCAGGUGACAGAGACCAGCUGUGCUCCUCCAUCAGCGAGGCUGAAUGCGUCUCUGUCUGCACAUCCUGAGAAAGAUGAGCUCAUCCUGUUUGGAGGCGAAUUCUUCAAUGGAAAAAAAACGUAUCUCUACAAUGAUCUGUUUUUCUACAACAUCAAGAAGAACAGCUGGGUUAAAUCCGAAAUACCCAACCCUCCUCCUCCACGCUGCUCUCACCAGGCAGUGGUGGUCCCACAGGGGGGAGGCCAGCUCUGGGUGUUUGGGGGGGAGUUUGCUUCUCCAAAUGGGGAACAGUUCUACCACUACAAGGACCUCUGGGUGCUGCACCUGGCUACUCACACAUGGGAAAACAUCAAAGCCCCGGGUGGUCCGUCGGGCCGCAGCGGCCACCGAAUGGUCCUCAGCAAGAGGCAGCUGCUGGUGUUUGGAGGUUUCCAUGAGAGCACAAGGGAUUUUAUUUACUACAAUGAUGUCUACGCCUUCUCUCUGGACACCUUCUCCUGGUCUCGCCUGGCUCCAUCAGGCUCUGCCCCUUCACCGCGCUCUGCCUGUCAGAUGACCUCCACACCAGACGGUACAGGUGUCAUCAUCUAUGGCGGAUACUCUAAAGUGAGGGUGAAAAAGGACGUGGAGAAGGGGACCAUCCACUCUGACAUGUUUCUGCUCAAGCGAGAGGGUAAAGAUAGCCAAGAAAAGUGGAUUUGGUCCAGACUGAGCCCCUCUGGGAGUAAGCCUCCUCCUCGCUCUGGUUUCUCUCUGGCCGUGGGUCCAGCAGGGCGGGCGGUGCUGUUCGGUGGGGUUUGUGAUGAGGAAGAGGAGGAGAUGCUGGAGGGAGACUUCUUUAAUGACCUCUACCUGUAUGACACAGUGAAGAACCGCUGGUUUCCCUGCGUUCUCAGGGGAAACAAGUCGGAGAAAAAGAAACGACGAAGGGGGAAGAAAGUUGGUGCAGAGGAUGAGGGAGCGGAGAUGAAGGGGGAGGGAGAGGAGGCAGCAGCUCAAGGACCGACUGAGGUCAUCAAGGAGAUUGUGACAGAGGACGGUACAUUGAUGACCAUCAAGGAAGUGAUCCCUGGUCACCAGGAAGAGGAGGAUGAAGAGGAGGAGGAGGAAGAGGAGGAAGAUGAGUCAGCCUCGGCCCCGAUGGUGGAGCCCUGUCCAAGGUCCAGCGCCAUGGCAACCGUCCGUCAGGGCAAGCUGUACCUCUACGGAGGGAUGUUUGAGGUGGGAGACCGGCAGUUCACCCUGAGUGACUUCUACUGCCUGGACCUCCAUAAGAUGGAUCAGUGGGAGGUUCUGGUUGAAAUGGACCCGAAGACGCAGGAGUGGCUGGAAGAGUCUGAGUCAGAGGAUGAAGAGGAGGAGGAGGAAGCCAAAGGAGCAGAAGGGGAGGAAGAGGAGGAGGAAGAUAGUGAGGAUGAUGAAGAAGAAGAAGAAGAGGGAGAGGAAGAGGAGCACCCAGCGGUGCAGAAGGGAGAGACUGUCACAGACUACCAGAUCCGGACCGAGCAGUACUGGUUAAAGGUUGCACGUUCCAACAUGGGGCCCGAUGCCAAGGACAAAAAAGUGGCCAAGGUUGCCGUUGCCAUGGCGAAAGUCUUCUAUGAAGACCAGUAGUGGACACUCAGAACUGGCAGUGCCUCAGUGAACGUUUUUGUGUUUAUCAGCAGAUAUCUUUUAUAUUAAAUGCCUAUGAAUGUCAAAUGAACUCCAGAACCUGUAAAAUAUGUUUCUUAACAAAAUUAAACAUUCAGCUGAUU